AAGUCCAAGUCGCCACCGUCAUCCGCUCCCGCUUCUUCAGGUGACAGCCAGUAUCUCCAAGCUAUUGCCAAGGCACAAUCUGCCCAGUCGCCUGAAACUGAAUUCACGUAUACCGAUCGAGACUCCAUGCUCUACAACCUCGGUGUCGGUGCCAAGAGAACCGACCUCGCUUACGUCUUUGAGGGCCACGACGAUUUCCAAGUCCUCCCGACCUUCGGUGUCAUCCCCGCCUUCGAUGUCGAGACACCAUACAGUAUGGAUGAGGUUGUGCCCAACUUCAACCCCAUGAUGCUGCUUCACGGUGAGCAGUACCUCGAGAUCAAGAAAUACCCCAUCCCGACUUCUGCCAGGACAAAGAGCUCCGCCAAGUUGAUCGAGGUCGUCGACAAGGGCUCAGCUGCCAUCCUCAAGAGCGGUGUGAGCACCGUCAACGCCGAGACGGGAGAGGAGAUCUUCUACAACGAGUCGACCGUCUUCCUGCGCGGCUCGGGGGGCUUCGGCGGGCCCAAGAAGCCCCAGGACCGCGGCGCCGCCACGGCCGCCAACGUCCCGCCCCAGCGCAUGCCUGACGUCGUGGUCGAGGAGAAGACCACCGAGGAGCAGGCUGCCAUCUACCGUCUGAGUGGUGACUACAACCCUCUGCACGUCGACCCCAACUUUGCCAAGCUGGGCGGGUUCAAGCGUCCCAUCCUGCACGGGCUGUGCUUCAUGGGUAUUGCUGGCAAGGCCGUCUACGAAAAGUUUGGCCCGUACAAGAACAUCAAGGUUCGCUUCGCCGGAACGGUCCUGCCUGGUGAGACCUUGGUCACCGAGAUGUGGAAGGAUGGAAAGAAGGUCAUCUUCCAGACCAAGGUAAAGGAGACUGGCAAGCCUGCCAUCUCGGGUGCCGCUGUCGAGCUUGUCUAAUCUACUGUAGGGG